UCGAGUUAUGACAGCUGUUUAAGUUUUGGUCUAAUGAAAUAAACAUUAAAAUUACCAACAAAAUGUGUAAACAAAUACGAAAAGUAAUUAUUUAAGAGCCGGUAAUUUAUAAAUAAAGAAUAUUAUUUAAACUGUAACCACUAAAAAGAAAAUAAGAUGACCAACAAACUCACAUUUUUGAAAUACAAAUAGAACAUAAUGCCUUUGGAUGCAUACGACAUUCUCUAAAUAUUUUUGAUGAAUGCUGCCAAUUUGAACUUACGCAUUCAAAAAAUACUGGGUAUUUUUGAAUAUUAAUGAGAGUAAUUAAAUAAAUCAUAUAUGUCCACGAAUGGAGCACGCGAGCGAGGCUAGCUUCUCUGCUUUCUCAUUUACACAAUCGAGUGUACUGCAGUAAUUAAGAAGACUUCAAACAAGUACUUCUAUUCAUCAGUCAUCAAGCAUUACAAUACAGUAAACGCUAAUAUGUUUAACGAUGACUGGGAAACCGAUUUUUUAUUUACCCAAAAUAGUAUUGGGGAGCCGAUAUGUUUGAUAUGCCAACGCAAUGUUAAGCGCAACCAUAAAUAUAAUAUUGAAAGGCAUUACAGGACGUGUCAUAAAGAAUAUAUCAAUAUGGAAGCUGACACCAGAGCAAAUUUAAUUGCUGAAUUAAAAAAGAGAAUUAUAAUUGAAGAAAAACAAGAAAGUGAUAAUUUCGAGCAAUUAAAUGUUAAGAAAGCUUCUUUUGUAAUUACGCUUGCGUUAGCUAAGCGCUGUCGCCCCUUUGAUGAUGCUGUAUUUUUUAAGGAACUCGCAACCGAAGUGAUGUGUUGUUUCGGACGUGAGGGUAAAGAAAUGGCCAAAGUUUUGGAGAAAGUACCGUUAAGUAAAAAUACAAUGACCCGUAGAACCGGGCAAAUCAGUUCACAUAUUUUUUCGCUCACAAAAAAACGCAUUGAUAAUUGUAAAUAUUUCUCCCUUUGCUUGCAAGUAAGCACAGAUAUUAAUAAUAAAAGUCAUUUGAUAAUAUGCAUCAAAUCCGUUGACGAUAAAUUAAUAACGUCGGAAGAAAUGAUGAAUGUAGUUACCCUGCAUGACAAUGUUAAUGGGGAACAAAUAAUGGAGGCCUUAGAAGUGAAUGUGUUCAAUCAUGUUGAUAUUAACAAAUUAAGUGCAGUGUGUACAGAUGGUGGGAUAGUUAUGCUUGGAAAUGAAGAAGAGCUUGAAGUGUGCUUAUUAAAGAGAACUAUAUAUGUGCCAAUAUUCCAUUGUAUUAUACACCAACAAGCACUACUUAGGCAAGAUUUAUGCUUACAUAAUGCAAUGGACUUUGCCGUCGAAAUGAUCCAAAAAAUAAAAGAUGCCCGCAAUGCGCUCAACCAAAAGAAAUUCAAAUCUCUACUCGACGAACUUGAUGCUGACCAUGAAGAUUUACUUGUACAUAGCGAUGUGCGUUGGCUCAGUAAAGGCAAAUGUCUGCAAAGGUUAUUUAAUUUAAGAAAAGAUGUUUUAAUUUUUUUCGGAGAAAAUGUAAGUCCAGACGUCGAAACAUUUGUUGCUGCGCUUAAAGACCGAGAUUUUAUUGCUGAUUUAGCGUUUUUGUGUGAUAUUACACAAUUUAUUAACGAUCUAAACUUACUGCUACAGGGUAAAAAUAAGAACAUCUUCGAUUUAGUUCGAACUCUAACCCUUUUCAAAAGGAAAUUUGAAAUCUUAUUAAACGAAAUUAAAAAUUAUAACAUAUCUAAUUUACCAAACCUAGCUCAGAUAUUUCAUGACAACACGCCUUUUUACAAAAUAGAUAUGUACACAAAAACUAUAGAAACACUGUUACAAGAUUUUAGUCAUCGGUUUCAAGAUUUCGACGUUAUUAAGCAAAAUAUAGAUUUACACGAUAAUCCGCUUACUUGCGACAUACAAGCGCAAAAAAUUGAGUUGCAGAUGGAAUUGGCGCGUAUGCGUGAAGAUUUUCAAAUUUCAACAGAAACUGGUGUAAACUUCUGGAAGAAAGCAAAUGAUGCGGUGUAUCCACUGCUGAAAAAUGAAAUAUAUAAAUUGUAUUCAAUGUUCGGGUCCAUGCAUAAUUGUGAGGCAGUAUUUGCUACCAUGAAAUUAUUGUUAAGUAAGCAUGGCCAUAGAAUGACUGAUAAACAUAUUGCUGACAUUAUUCGUAUUAAAACUUACGAAAAUGAUAUUGAUAUACAUGAACUAGCGCUUUCCACAUACAAAUUAGGGACUUCAUUUACACCGUCUUGAAAUUUUGACACAAACUUUCUGAAAUAUUAAUGCAUACAUUUAAGACAAACAAAUAAAUCUAUAUUCCUCACAUAAAUCUUUUUGAAUUUGAUAUUACUAUUAUAUUUUGAAAUUUUUUUAAUAUAAUUUUUAAAUACAUACAUAUACGGUUUAUAUAGUAAUAUAUGUAUGUACGUAUUUAAUUGAGCUAUUGAUAUAUUUAUGUUUGUUUAUCAUAUAACAACUCUGUUAUUCAAAUAGUGUAACAGCUGUUUAUAAAGUGUAAACAAACAGUUAAUAUAAGUUUUUAGCUAAAUAGUAAAGUAGUGAGAAGUGCGGGAUUGUUAUCAUUAAAAAUAAGUGAUAUUAAGUAAAAUUUCUAAAAUUUCAACAUAGUGUUACUAGGAAAUAUAUGUACAUAUACGUAUAUUUUAUAAAGUGCGUUUGUUUUAAUAAUUAUUCAAAAGAGGCAUACAAUUUUAAUUACAAUUGAGUUUCGCCAGGAAGAAGAAGUCCAUUUCUAACUACAAAGGCUGCUUCAUAAAUGCUUUCAGCAGCAUCAAGACAUCAAGCGCAUCUAAUAACAAAAAUGGCCCGUGAUUAUGACAUGACAUAAAACUACAAAGUGCUCGGCGAGCUUUGGCUGAAUUUAAAUGUCUUGCCACUACAACAACAACUGCUAAU